AUGGCUCAUGGCUGGCUGCUGGCAGAUGUUGCAGCAGGGAAGACCAUGAAAGUUAACUCAUGGGCGGGAGCUUCAUUGAUUGCACCUCAGUAUCUGAUAUCUCACAUCGUACCCUUGCGUCGGCCGAGUUGAAAGACGUAGGUAGUAAUAGUAAUGCGAUCGCUGGAGGAUUCAAGGUACGCUGCGACGCCGUUUACCCCCUCUUUCUCCCUUAUCGGUAGCCGUAACCCUAAGUUGAUGCAGGAAACGAUGGGAAGUCACACGAAGGCACUCCUCCACGCUCGACGCGCUGAAGAAAGCGGUAAAGGCGGACGGUGACCAUAGCCCUUGUGUCUCCGGCCUGCGUUCAGUCUGCUGGAAGGUUCGUUUGUAUCACAGGAAGCACCAUCUUGUACGAACACACAAUUGACUCUCGCUUAGACAUUUUUACUUUUUCAAAAUGUUCAAAUUUCCACAUGGUCACGAGCUCUAGUGGACUCGAGAAGUGCUUACACCUCACUGCGUGAGCAUUUCUUGAGAUAUAUAGAGAAUCCCGAUGAAGUAGGCUCUGCAUUGGAUCCCCUAGACGAUGACCAAAAUGUAGGAUUUCACUCAUCUUCGCAAAGCCCGGUUCACUGAUUCUGAUAGUCCCCUUGGAAUACUCUGCGCCAAGAUGAGCAAAUCCGAGCCGAGAUCUUUCAAGAUGUUGAGAGAUGUAUGCCAGAGGAAGAAUACUUUCGUCAUCCCAAAACUCAACGAAUCUUGUUGGACGUACUGUUUGUCUUCUGUAAGAUAAAUCAGGAUGUGGGAUAUCGACAGGGGAUGCACGAAGUACUGGCUCCAAUUCUGUGGGUGAGUCGUUUUUCUUACUUCAUAAAUUCAAGAGUUGCAAUUACCGUGAGAAACGAGGAAAAUACAUGAUCAUGGGAUUAAUCGACUUAAAAGGUGGUUGAGCAAGAUGCCAUCGAUCAAGCAAGCUAUGCAUCUUCCUCGGUUUCGGAAGCAGAUGAGACCCUUAUAGAAAUCUUGGAUUCGGCCUUCAUUGAACACGAUGCUUUUACCAUCCUGUCUCUGGUUAUGCGUUCAGCGAAGGCUUUCUAUGAGCUCGGCGAGCCGGAUCGAAAAUCGAGUGACGUGAACAUGGCCCAGCAGCAAGCGGCUUCCCCCAUCGUGGAGCGAAGUAAAAGAAUACAUGAAGAAUAUCUGGCUCGAUUGGACCCGGAGCUUGCUACACACCUAACAAAUAUCGAGAUUCUCCCCCAGAUCUUUAUAAUGUAGGUUUGUUCGCUAUCUUUAUGUUGCUCCCAAAAAUAAAAAAACAUACUUACGACCGUCAGACGUUGGAUCAGACUUCUUUUUGGGCGCGAAUUCCCCUUCGAUCAGCUAUUAGCUCUCUGGGAUACGUUACUUGCAGAAGAUCCUGCUCUUGAUGUAGUAGACAUGAUAUGUGUAGCCAUGCUGCUGAGAAUAAGAUGGCAAUGUAAGACUUUUUCAUUUUUUUCAUUCAGUUUCUUUGAAACUUACUCGCUUGUAGUGAUAGAAGCAAAUUAUUCUGUGGCCCUGAUGCUCCUACUAAAGUAUCCUUCGCCUGCCCCCCCACAUGAACCACGGUCAUUUGUUGAUGAUGCCAUAUACCUUCGAGAUAACUUUAGUAUCGCUGGUGGGUCAACAAUCAUUUCCAAGUAUGGAGCGAAAGCUCCUAAUAUUAAACCAUUAGAUUCUCGACCAUCAACUCCAUCAAGUCGAGUGGUAAGCCCAGAACAAAGAUUAUCAAGAACCAAAUCACCACUUCCCUCUCCAUCUCGAUAUCUGCAGCAGCAAGGUGGAGUUGAAGCACUUUUCAGAGGCGCUGCUAAAGGUGUGCUGGAGCGAGGUGAGCGCCUUGGGAUAAACCAGGCCUUGAGAGAUGCUGUUGGAGAGGUGCGACAAAACAUGCAAAGCCUUCAAGCAUCAAGAAGCAAUUCUGCAAGAGGUUUCAGGACCACAGAUGGAACACGGUGGUCCCUUGAUGAUGGGAGGCCGGUUCCUACCGCUAAAGCUGCAAUGUCAGCUAUGAACAACCGUAACAAGCAACUGGCGCGUAUGCUUGAGGCGGCGAUGUCUGACUUACGACAUGUCUCUAAUGACAACGAAAGCAAAAAGAAGAAUUGUGUGGAGGCUAUGGAUCUUGCAAUUGCCAAGGUCGACUUUGUUAGGAUAUAUCUGGAGGAUGCCACCAUGCCUCUACCUCCAGAUUCCCCUCCACUCGCGCCUUCAAGCAAUUCAACAGAAGCAUCCGUUUCGCCUCCAAAAACUCUACUCGAACCGCCGUUGGAUAUCGCGCCAAAGUCAAAGUCUGUUGAUGCCGAAACGCCUGAACCCGAAAAAGAAGAACCCCAGGAAUCAAAGCUACGAACCGUAGCCAUAAGCCCAUUGUUAAGUGCAGACAAUCGAAUAGCUCAUAAAGACAAGGAGAAUAUAGCAUCGGAAGAUUCAACCAAAGUCGCAGAUGACCCAAUUUCCCAAGCUGCACUACUUCCAAGGCCAAGGGCACCCGUUCCAACGCACUCUAGCAUAGCACAGUCGUAAGUAUACCAAGUCCUGUCCAUUUUUAUUUUGUUUUGAAGACGGCAAGGGCCAGACCACGAAUAAGUUUACGUAUGCUGAUACAUAAACAGCUCAUUUAGCUGGAUGCUUGAGCCAGAUCCGCAUUCAGGUUCCUUUAAGUCUUCUCCCCCAAAAUCACCCUCGCCGUUUUCGAAAUCGGCUAGAAAACUAACGUCAGGUCAUGGACGAGAAAAGGCUGCAUUCUUAUUCGGCGAGGAACCAGGAGAAGCGAGUAUGACGAGCACUAGGUUACCUCUGUUGGGUGACGCAAAAGAGGGGUUUCACCUAGGGACCAUUAAGGGUGGUGACAAAACUAAGACGAUUGCCGAGGAUGGUUGA